AUGCUGGCCUAUUCCUACGGAUCUUCAAUUUCCUCCCCCUCCAUCACCAUUUCAACGUUCGACUUAACGUCGUUCACUACGGAUCAAUUCCAGCAACCAUGGCUUCCCUCACCCCCGCCUCCACAGCCCUCGGCUUCCAGUUUGAACAUCAGCAACAACAACAACAACAACAGUGCUCUCGAGGACUUCGUACUCUACCCAGCUCCACCCCGUCCACAGCCUCGGGUAGCUCCUUCGAAUAUUGCCCAUAGGCCUUCAGCUCUCCAGCCCUUUCUGGCUCAGAAUACUCCUCGUCGACACUCUCCAAGUCUGCAGUUGCAAAGACAUCUUCAGCAGCCGUUCUCUGGUUCCCCUGUCCCGGAUCCUAGAGUGACCCAGCUUGCCCGGUCUCCUUCCCACUGGUCUCAUCCCAUUGCAAAUUAUUCCCGCUCGGGUUCUUUGCCUAUCAACACUCCCCAACGUCCCCCCAAUUCGCCGUUUCACGCCGGUCCUUCUGAUUUAAAGAAGAAACGUAUGAUCGCUUUUCUCCGCAACAUGUCCGCCACGAAUUUCCAAGACAACGACGCCGAACUUUUCGGUCUCCCCUCUACCGGCGUCAUGGAGUCUCCAAUGGCCUUUGGUCAGCUUCCUCUGGGCCUUGAUACCGACUCUGCCUUUUCAUCCGAAAUUCCGCAGGGUACCAUCUCUCCCAAGGAUCUGAUGUUUGACCACUCCGUGCCUCCAUCUGGCACCUUCACUGAUCUCAGCACCCCGCCUUUUGACUCUCCCGCCACGUUCAGCCAGAACCCCUCCCCUCUGUUCACUGACGUGGAUUUCAUGGGCCAGGAUGACUGGGCGCCCCUCUUCCACGAUGGCUCUGCUACUCCCAACGUCUUUGAUGCCUCGUUCACCGUCGCUGCUGCCUUGGCAGACGUCAAGAAGCCUGAAUCUGAGCAGCCCUUCCCUAUGUCUCUGCCCAGGCGCGUCUCUGCCAAGGCUUCUCCCAUUUCUGCGACUGGCACUACAAAGCACUCCAGCGUUUCCGGUAUCUCCCGCCAACGCAAGGAGCUUUCGCCCAUCGAGUUUGACCCGACUGACCCUAUUGCCGCCAAGCGGGCUCGUAACACCGAGGCCGCGCGAAAGUCGCGUGCGAAGAAGAUGGAACGCCAGUCUACUGCCGAGACCCGCAUUCGUGAACUCGAGCAGCAGUUGGCCAAGCGUGAUGAGAUGAUCGCCAACCUCCAAGCUCAGCUUGAAAUUCAAAAGAGCCUCCAGUGA